AUGCACGGACAUAGUCAAAAUUCAAUUAAGUUAAUUGCAGGUAAUUCACAUCCUGAAUUAUGUGAAAAAAUAGCAUCUAAAUUAUCAGUACCUAUUGCUAGAAUUGGAGCAUUUCAAUAUACUAAUCAAGAAACAGCCGUUGCAAUUGGAGAAUCAGUACGUGAUGAAGAUGUAUAUAUAAUUCAAACAGGAUGUGGAUAUGAUAAAAUUAAUGAUUUUAUAAUGGAAUUACUUAUGAUUAUAAAUGCAUGUAAAGUAGCAAGUGCAAGAAGAAUUACUGUUGUUAUACCAAGUUAUCCAUAUGCUAGACAAGAUCGUAAAGAUAAAUCAAGAGCUCCAAUAACAGCAAAAUUAAUUGCAAAUUUAUUACAAACUGCUGGAUGUAAUCAUGUUAUUACAAUGGAUUUACAUGCUUCUCAAAUUCAAGGAUUUUUUAAUGUUCCUGUUGAUAAUCUUUAUGCUGAACCUACAGCUUUAAGAUAUAUUAAAGAAAAUUAUGAUUCAAAAGAUAUUAUUAUGGUUUCUCCUGAUGCUGGUGGUGCUAAAAGAGUUGCUUCAUUAGCUGAUAAAUUAGAUAUUCAAUUUGCUUUAAUUCAUAAAGAAAGACAAAAAGCUAAUGAAAUUUCAAGAAUGGUUUUAGUUGGUGAUGUAAAUGAUAAAAUUUGUAUUUUAGUCGAUGAUAUGGCUGAUACUUGUGGUACUUUAUGUAAAGCUGCUGAUGUUUUAUUGGAAAAUGGUGCUAAAAAAGUCGUUUGUAUAGUAACUCAUGGGAUUUUUUCAAAAGAUGCUAUUGAAAAAUUGAAUAAUUCAAAUAUUGAAAAAGUGGUUUGUACAAAUUCUUUACCUGUUCAAGAUAAAAUGGAUAAAUGUGAUAAAAUUGAAAUUAUUGAUAUAAGUUCUACUUUAGCUGAAGCUAUUAGAAGAUUGCAUAAUGGGGAAAGUGUCAGUUAUUUGUUCAACAAUGUUCCUGAAUAA